AUGAGCGAAAGCAAGGGGAGAAUAAAGUUAAAAAUUCAUCUCGGAAAUGAGGUGGAGAAUAAGGAUCAAGCAGUGGCAGGCGAGAAGGGGAAGUCUGUCAAAUCGACUGACUUGAAAAGGAGGAGUGGUCAUGCAGAAGAUGGGUCAGAUGGGAGAGGAGACGAAGGAGAGGACAGUGAACCGCUGCACGAACGAGACGGGGAUAGUUGCAAAGGACGAAAGAAGCACAGGAGAGACCGCCUCGAAGAGAGAAUUACUUCCAUUAUUUCGAAGCUGACCAGAAUAGCCUGCAUUUGUGAGGACAAGAACAAUCACGUCACUGACAGCAACAGUGCCACGCACAGUCGGGAGAAUAGCAACGAGGGCAGCCGUGACCACAGCCGAGAGGAUAGCCGCACACACAGUAAUGAUAACAGCCUUGAUUACAGCCGCGAGUACAGCCGCGAGUAUAGUCGCGGGUACAGCGGCGAUAACAGUGGAAAAUACAGCUUGGAUUACAGCCGAGAGGACAGCCGAGAAGACAGCCACGAGUACAGCCGCGACCACAGCAAAGAAAAUAAAAACGCCCGAAUCUGCAGGAAGCUUACCAAGGAAAUGUACAAGUACGAAAAGAGCCUGAUGAGUCUGAACAACUUUAUUAAUAAUAGGAAGAACAGGCUGGAUGAAAUUAUUUUCCCUAACGGAUUAAUCAAAGCAGUGGAUAAUUAUCAAAAUCCGGACGUUUGGAUUUACAAUUACCUUCUUGUGGAGUGCAAGAAACAGAGCGAUAAGUAUCGUAACUUAAUACAGAAUAUUGCCGCGUUCGAUAGCACCCUCAAAAAUAAAAUUAUGAAUGAAGGGGCUGAUGGGAUCACGAUGCCUGUGUAUGCCUCCGUUGCUGCCAGUAAGCUGGGGGGACUUCCAAAGGGAGGAAAGAACUACUACGAAAAUGUGCACGUGCCGAAGGAGCUCGCAGGGGCUUACUUUGAAGAAUUGAAGAGGCGCAAGACGGGGGUGAGCCAAAGGUGGUGGUCUGGACACGCACCUUCGGAUGCAAUGGUGCUGCUGCUCAGCCUGGCGAAGUGA